CGUUCUUAUUUUCAUAUGUGUUCCAACCAUAGCUGCUAUUCUCCGUCUUCCCUAUAAAUUUAAUAUGCUUUAUCUUUUUAUUUCUUUGCUUUGUGUGGAAUAAAAACCAAGUUAUCAUUUCUCUCUCCACUCAAUUAGUUGUCGUACUUAGUGGCUGUUUGGCAACUUCUGAAUAGGGUUAAAAAGGGGAAACUGUUCACAUCCAACCAAUUGUGUUGAUUCUUCUGUGAGAUUGCCUCUGAAAAUGGAGGUAGAAAGAGAAGUGCUCUGUCCGGAAAAUGAAGAACUGGUUGCGUACAUGCGGAGAAAGAGGCAAGAGAUGGCGGAAGGUAAGAGAGGGAUAUCUGAAAACAUCGAUAAGACUAUUAACAGGGCGUACGCCAAUGCAUGUGGCUGCAAAGUUCAUAUCAAAACCAUGCGAGACCUCUCCCAAAUCAAGGGAGUGGGGAAGUGGAUUUUGAAGUUAAUGGAAGGGUUUUUCCAGAAGGAUGUUGAUGCUAUUGUGAAUGAAAGCUCUGAUGAUAAAAGGAAGAAAAACAAGAGACCUUGGCGGUAUAUCCCACAAAAGAACUCAGUGUCUUAUGCCUUAUUAAUUACACUUUACAGGUGUAUGACAGAUGGAAAGGAGUUUAUGCGCAAACAGGAGCUGAUUGAUGCUGCAGAAGCUAGUGGUCUUUCUCGUGUACCAGUUGGACCUGAGAAAGGGAGAGGGAAACCAGGGAUUGGAAGCUCGCAAAGGGAAUGGUAUAGUGGAUGGAGCUGCAUGAAAACAUUAAUCACUAAAGGGCUUGUUGUCAAGUCUAGCUGCCCGGCCAAGUAUAUGCUAUCCGAAGAAGGAAAGGAAAUUGCCCGCGAGUGUCUAUCAAGAUCUGGAAUUGUAGCGUCUGAUGAGCGUCUGGACAUAAUAAUGGAUGAGUUUUCAAAUUUGGAUGAGAAGGUAGCUGAAGACGAGGAAAGCUCAAAAAAGCAGCUGUCUAAUUUUUGUUUUGAAAGAGAAUUUCUAACAAAUGAAGAAACAUUGCUCCCUCUUCAAUUAGAUGGACAGAAGAAAGCGAUUGAUAUUCCGCCUGAGUGUCUCAGCAGAUUUGUGGGCAUGGGAUUUUCCAUGGAACAAAUUAAUCGUGCUUAUUGUAAGGCUUCUGAGGCCGCACAUGGCAGGGAAGUUUCAUCACUUUGGCCUACUGUUCUAUGCUACCUUCGAGAAGAUCAAAUCUAUGGCCCAAAUUCUACUAUAGUCGAGGACAUAGCCGUCGAGUCUUCUUUUAGGGGAUCAUAUGUUGAUCUAAAGUCCUCUACUUUUUCUGGUUUCACACAGAAUUCAGCUCCAAUCAAAUCCUUUCCAUCAAUGGCUCUUUGCGUAAACAAAAAUGGUGGAGUUUCGGAAACUAAAUCUAGUAUGUUAUCAAUGCCACCUCUGAUGCAUAAAGAGCGGUUUGAAGAUGUUUAUGAUGUGCUUUUGGUAUUAGAUGAUCGAGAGCAAUUUGUUAGUCAAGGGUUGCGUUCUAGGAAAAUUGUUGAGAACAUCAAAAUGCAAUUUAAUAUUCAAAUUGAGGUUAGGCGGUUACCUGUUGGCGAUGCAAUCUGGAUAGCUCGGCACAAAAUUACUGGAGGGGAAUAUGUUCUUGAUUUCAUUGUGGAGAGGAAGAAAGUUGAUGAUUUGCGUAGCUCAAUUAGAGACAAUCGAUAUAAAGAUCAGAAGUUACGGCUUUUGAGAUGUGGGCUAAAGAGGAGGAUAUAUGUGGUGGAGGGAGAUGUAAAUUUAUCGGAAGCUGCUGAAUGCAUUAAAACAGCUUGUUUUACGACUGAGAUCUUAGAUGGAUUCAAUGUGCAAAGAACAGCUGGCUUGGGAGAGACAUUAAGGAAUUAUGGCUAUCUUACUCAAGCAAUAUAUCAUUACUAUAAAUCAAUGGACUAUGAGCAUCAUAGUCUUGAAAUAUGCCCUCCCUUUGGUUCAUUUAUUAGGAAGUGUGAAGAUCUAGAAAAAGUGACUGUUACCGAUGUAUUUGCCAUCCAACUCAUGCAGGUUGCACAAGUAACAGAAGAGGUUGCUUGCACUGUUAUUGAUAUGUAUCCAACUUUGUUUUCUCUUGCACAAGCAUAUUCUCUUCUGGAAGGUGACAUACGAGCACAGGAGGAAUUGCUCAAGAGACGGAGCAAUAAUGUAAUCAGUGCUACUGUUAGCAAGAAUAUAUUCCAGCUGAUUUGGGGGAGUUAAUCUAGCACGUAUUUUGUAUUUUGAUCACUGUUCAGAGUUGAUAAGAAACGGGAGGGGGGGGG